UUUUCGAGCAAAGAUUGUAUACGUUUAAUCAAAUUUCAAUCAAUUUAUAAAAUCUUCUACACACAAAAAUGGCUGAUGAAUUCAGAUUGGUCUCACCGGCAAUAGAUCACGAAGGAAAAUUACCAAGAAAGUACACAGACGAAGGACAAGGCGCACGCAAGAAUAUAUCUCCACCGUUGGAAUGGUACAACGUGCCGGAAGGGACGAAGAGCUUGGCGUUGGUGGUUCAGGACAUUGACGCACCUGACCCGGACGGUCCUAUUGUUCCGUGGACCGUCUGGGUUGUGGUUCACAUACCGACUACUGUUAACAGGAUUCCUGAAGGGUUUUCAGGCAAAGAAGAGCAGGUCGGCGGUGAAUAUGCGGGGAUUAUGGAAGGUAAUAAUGAUUUGAAGGUUCCGGGGUGGCGUGGACCUAUGCUUCCGAGUCAUGGCCACAGGUUUGAGUUCAAGCUUUUUGCGUUGGAUGAUCAAAUUGACCUCGGACGCACUGUGACAAAAGAGAGGGUGUUGGAGGCAAUUCAAGGGCAUGUUCUGGGGGAAGCGGUCCUCAUGGCCAAGUUUUGAUAACCAAGAAUGGCCAAAAUGUAUGAUUUAGCUCUUUUUAUUGUAAAUUAAAAUCUGUAAAUGUGGUUUGUGAUUAUAUGUUUUAUUAAUUUUGUGAUGGAAGUUGUGCUAA